AUGGGCGACGCCGAGCCGCCGCCGGCGACGCCGCAGGCGGACGCGGUGGUGUGCGCCGGCUGCGGCAGGCGCAUCUGCGACCGCUACUACCUGCUGGCCGUGGACCGCCGGUGGCACGCCAACUGCCUCAUAUGCUACGCCUGCCGCAGGCCGCUCGACGGCGAGGGCACCUGCUUCGCCAAGGACGGCUCCAUCUACUGCAAGAAGGACUACCACAGGCUGUUCGGCGUGCGGCGGUGCGCGCGCUGCCACGCGGCCAUCCUGCCCACGGAGCUGGUGCUGCGCGCCCGGGACCUGGUCUUCCACGUCCACUGCUUCAAGUGCGCCGCGUGCGACGCGCUGCUCACCAAGGGCGACCACUACGGGAUGCGCGACGCGGCCGUCUUCUGCCGGCUGCACUACGAGCUGCGCUGCGAGGCGCCGCCCGCCCCCGCGCCCGCCCCCGGCCCGCUGCCGCCGCCCUUCCCGUCGCCCGAGUUCCUCCCGCACGCGCACCCCCACCCCCACCCGCACCACCACCCGCCCGCGGCGGCGCCGCCCCCCGUCCACGACCCCAGCAAGCUCGGCUUCUUCAACGGCGGCGGGGGCGGCGGCGCGACGACGGCGCGCCAGAAGGGCCGGCCGCGGAAGCGCAAGACCAAAGAGCUCGAGCACAUGACCGCCAGUCUCGACCUGAACGCGGACUACCUGGACACGCCGUUCGGCCGCGGGCCGGGCACGCCCGGGGUGGUGAACGGCCAGCAGCGCACCAAGCGCAUGCGCACUUCCUUCAAGCACCACCAGCUGCGAACCAUGAAGUCCUACUUCGCCAUCAACCACAACCCCGACGCCAAGGACCUGAAGCAGCUGUCGCAGAAGACGGGGCUGCCCAAGAGGGUGCUGCAGGUGUGGUUCCAGAACGCGAGAGCAAAGUGGCGUCGCAUGGUGCUGAAGCAGGAGGGCAAAGGAGGCGGUGGUGACAAGUGCGGCGGCGGCGACUCUGGCCUGGACGCCUACCAGGCAGCGGCGGCUGCGGCCGCGGCGGCCGACUACCACCGUCAGGGGCCUAUCAGCCCGCCCUUCAUGCUGGGCACCAGCCCCUCGCCGCUAGAGUGCUCCUAGGCCGUCCGGCGCCACCCCCGGACCACACCGGACGUGUUUCAAGACUGACCGAGCGUUGCCAGGCGACACUCGGCAGCACUCCGCGCAGUGACGUCACGUCACCGACAGGGGCAUCUCUCUUCGGCUCUGAAACAGAGGAUGCGGUGGUGAAACUAAGCAGUCCAUCAGUCUUAAUCUAGUUUUAACCGACAGUCGAUAGCUCUCGAACGAACUAUAAGAAGCAAGAUGCACAUUCUGUCGACAAUCGUAACAGUGUCCGGUGUCCGCCAAAGAAAAAUGGGCCCAACUUCUUCGAGAGACCUGCAGCUAACCAGUGGCAGCUCAUCGUAUCUACAUGAAGAGACUGGUACUGAUCGCGUAAAAAGAUUUAACUUACGCAUUAAUAAAAUCCAGAUUCAUCACAUCAUUAUCCGCCUCGAGGCCAAAUCAUCUUCAACACAUCCCGCACUGACUCAGCAACGGAAAGUUUGCUGAUCGUGAUUCAUCCAUUGCAGUACCAGGAAGUAUUGCAAUACCAGACAAUUGAGUGAUGUCCGGCCUCAACAGCCGGGUGAUGAAAUUGCGGUUUGAGGCGCAAAUACUACGUGAAGCAAGCAUUGAGGGUAUCAGUAUCGGUGGCCGCACCAUUGCACCUAGCGGAACAAAAUAUCGUUGACAAGAAAUAGUUCGUUCCGGAAACCCAUCAGUGGAAUCCGGUUGUGCGGAACAUCUGCAGAAUCUUUCAGACGCUGUGAAGAAGGGAGAAGACUAUAGUUAGUCUUAACACGUAUUAACAACAUUAUCAUUCCAGCUCUUUUCUGGUUUGAAGGCCGGUUGUAAGCCUUCGUUUUGAUGAUCGGACUGGAGAAUCCAAGACUGUGCGACGAACAACUGUCAUCCUGAAGUACCCACUGACAGUCCAGGCGCCGAGACAUUAAGCUUUAAUACGAAGAAGAAAGAUGUUGAAGACAUUUAACUACGAAAUAUUGAUGUUACACGAACGAACAGGCUUCCGUAAUAAUAUUGUGUAGCACACGUGUGCGUUCACCUUAUUUAUUAAUUGUUAUCAACUGAGAAAUUGGUUUUAUAGUAAUCCUGAACGAGAGAAUAUUGUGCAAGGAAUAGUUACGAAAUUUCAUUGAUGUCAAUCUACUGUAAAAUUUGUGUUAAUUUACUGAAGAUAACAUCUAGAUAUCCAAGAUGUAUCCGGUAGUGCACUUUCAUUAAAUUACCCAAAAUAAGAAUGCAAUUUAGAACGUCUAAAUAAUAAAAGUCACAAGAGAAAUUCCAUGUUGACGCCAAGAGUAAUUUAUACUUUGUUGUGAUGUUUUCGAUUACGUUAUAAAACAAUUCGUUUGGGAUUACUAUGAAAUUCAGUCUAUUGUGAUACAUAAAUGAGUGUGUGUAGUUUUCUUUCCACGAUCCUCCCGACGAAAAUGGUUUAUGUGCAACAGUGAACAAAGAAGACCCAUUGGAUUACAGAUGUUCGAGAAAAAAAGGCAACGAAUUUAUGGACACUUGGUGAAAUUGUGAACGCCGUGCAUUCAUGUGUAAAUAUCGGAAGAAACAACUUACGGAUUUUUAUAACUGUCUAUUUAAUUUAAUGACAUUACUCCAUGUAAAUUCGGAUGAAGAACGUGUCUUCAUGUAUAAUAGAUUCCUUGAGUGAUAUGAAAAUGAUAGAACCGGCGCCAAUUGGAAUAGGUCUACCUCACAAACCUAACACUGAUUUUAUAUGUGCAUACUAUUGCAGUUACUAUUAUUUAGGGCCUAUUCACUUGGGAUUUUUCAUAUCUUUUUGUUAAAUAAUUUGUCAAAGGAAAUAAUUAUAAUGUAAAUUUUGAAACAUGGUUUAUGCAAGAAAUUUCCUAUCACCUUUCCCUCUUAACGCUGUGGAUAAUUUUACGACACUACGAACAUUCUUCUCUUGCAAAAAGGCUACAUCCCACUAUGAUCAUAAUCGUAAGUAUUUAUCACAUCUAGUUUAUUAAUAACUGUUAAAUGAAUAUAUCAUGAUAUUC